AUGUCCACCAUAGACACAAAUAGCACUGCAUUAGAAUUCUAUAGAAAGGCAUUGAAUUUUAAUGUUAUAGGAAGAUAUGAUCCUAAAAUUAAACAAUUGUUAUUUCAUACACCACAUGCUUCCAUCUACAAAUGGGAUUUCCACAAAGAUGAAUGGAAUAAAUUAGACUACCAAGGUGUAUUGGCCAUAUAUUUAAGAGAUAUUGGUGAUGGGACUAACAUUCUACCUAGUUAUGAAGAUAAUGAUAAUCAGCUUUUACAAGAAAAUGUUGCAAAUAUUAAUAAUAACACAAUAAAUUUAAAUCAGAAAACUAUUUUAAAGAAUGCAAAUAAAAAUGGUUGUUAUAGUACACAACAAAACAGUAGUGGUUCAGUAUUACAAGGAAAAGAUAUAUAUAACUACGGACUAAUAGUGUUAAAUAGGAUCAAUCCUGAUAAUUUUUCAAUGGGAAUUGUACCCAAUAGCGUUAUAAAUAAGCGAAAAAUAUUUGAUCCAGUUGAAGAUGCAAAGAAUCCAUUAGAACUUAUAGGUGUUGAAGUCAAAGAUGAUUUAGUUAUCAUUAAGAAUUUAAAGCAUGAAGUAUAUGGAAUAUGGAUACACACUGUCGCAGAUAGACAGAAUAUUUAUGAAUUAAUUAAAUAUUUAUUGGAGAACGAACCAAAGGAUUCGUUUGCUUAA